GGAAGCUGCCUCUUGCCCGCUGUUUAAUUCGACAGCGGUGAAAAUCAUGGAUGUCGAGGAAGAGGUCAGCAAGGGUCUUUCAUCUGUGUGGUGUUAAAGCAUCAGUCAGCGGCAGCGAUGGAGCAGUCAUAGGUGUUGGUGGAAACACAGAAAUGAUCUUCUCAACAGUUUGACCUGAAGAGAAACGACACAGACUGUCAGCCGUCCCAGGGCUGCAGAUGGAGAAUGGAGACCUGGGUCACAUGAUGGGGGAGCCAGUGACUCUGAACGUGGGUGGCUGCGUUUACAGCACGUCUCUGUCUACGCUCCAGCGUUAUCCAGACUCCAUGCUGGGAGCCAUGUUUAGAGGAGACCUCCCCACUGUGAGGGACGCACAUGGAAACUACUUCAUUGACCGCGACGGCCCGCUGUUUCGCUACAUCCUCAACUUCCUGCGGACGUCAGAGCUGACGCUGCCAUGUGACUUCAAGGAGACGGAGCUGCUCAGGAAGGAGGCUGACUUCUAUCAGAUCGAGCCCCUGAUCCAGUGCCUGGGAGACCCCAAGCCUGUACUGCCCUACCCCACCGACACCUAUGAGGAGGUGGUGGAGUUGUCCAGCACCAGGAAGCUGUCUAAGUACUCCAACCCCGUCGCAGUCAUCAUCACCCAGCUCACCAUCACCACCAAGGUCCAUGCAGUGUUGGAGUCCAUCUCUAGCAGUUUCACAAAGUGGAACAAACACAUGAUGGACACUAGAGACUACCAGGUGUCCUUCACCUUUGGACCAUGUGACCACCAACAGGAAGUCAGCCUGCGCGUCCACCUGCUCGACUUCAUCUCCAAAGCUGGUUUCACAAUACGCAACACGCGUGUUCACCACAUGAGUGAACGAGCCAACGAGAACACAGUGGAACAUAACUGGACGUUCUGCCGGCGAGCACGCAAAGUUAACGAGUGACGAAUGCACUGAAGGACGGACUUACUGGCAGAAGGCAGAUGUUAUUGGAGUGUCUGCAGACAGACAGACACUUGUUGGUGGUGGUUACGAUGUGAUGUGUUAACGUUUCGCAUGAUAUGUGUUUUUGAAGCAUUUCCUCAGUCUACUCCCAGAGAGGCACAAGGCCAGGUUCCUAGAAAGCUAAUGUGGUACAUUAUCAUGAGCCUUUAGCACAUAUUACCAUUGCUUUAUUGUAUAUGUUAUGUGGCCAAAAAAUAUGUGGACAGCCCUCCAAUACAAUAAUAUUUUAGACAAUAAUGUUCUUCCAACUUUGUACCAACAGUUCUGAGCAGGACAUUGCGCCCCUAGCACAAAGCCAGGCCCAUAAAGAAAUGGUUUUCCCAGUUUGUUGUGGAAGAACUUGACUGGCCCUAGAUGCAAUGUUCAGUUGGCCACAUACUUUUGGCCACACAGUGUAUGGUAGCUGUAUAUGUGGCAUAUCAGCAGUAUCACAGAUUUGUUAUACGACGACAACAAGGAAGGAGUAUUAACUCCAAAUUAAAGUCUGAAAAAUUAUGAUCUCAGAUAUUUUUUUUUCUACUCAACCUCAGUUCUCCGGUGGCCACCAUGCUCACAGAAGCAGAUGAAGUAUUCAGGUGCCCAUAUGAACACUGAAACUGUUUUUUCUUGCUGUAAUCAUUCCUGCUUUUUUGUGUGAAAAUAUAUUGAAAAGUUUAUUUGAAGCUGGUGUGAGUCUUCAGCAUGUGUGAGCUGUCUACACUUCCUCCUCACUGAACAAGGAGGUACUGCAUUGUGAUUCAGCUCUGUUGUUGGUCUGAAUGCAGCUGUAGAGUUAUCAACUCACAAACAGUGAAUAUGCUUUUGUAGUAAAAAAGUUUUAGGUUCAGUUAAAUGAAUGCAAACUAUGGUAAUGUCUGCUGUACAGUCAGCUGCCUGAUUGUACAGACAAGGUCCUGUUUUGUUUUUGCAGCCAUUCCUCCUCUGGUCUAUGGUCAUUACAUUAACUUGUCAUACCCACAGAGUAAAAACUUUGGACUAAAAUCUGUGUGGUUACAUAUUUUUCAGUAUGACUGGGGCCUGACCUAGACCUGGAAUUCAAAUGUACCAGCACAACAGUGGGUGGUUACACUAACAAUCUUGAAGGUAAUCAAAUGGCUGCCUUAUGGAGGUGCCAUACUGACACCCCAACAUUCACAACCUGCAGCAAGUUAAGAGUGUGGCGUUGGACUGUCUGGAGACCGGAGGGCUGCCGGUUCAACUCCUCGACCAAGCACAAUUGGUGUGGGUAAAAGUAAAUUUCCCCAGGAGGGACUAAAACUUAAAUCAGAACUGUGUGAAAUGGGAUCACUGUGUUGACACAGCAAUGAUCCUAACAGAGAGGCCCCAGCACAUGGGCGUCAGCUUUUGCCGUGACUACAUCUGGCAAGAUUAUUCACCAAUGAAAACCAUGUUAGCACACAUUCCUGGUAGAUUACGGCAUAUUUUUACCCAUGAGUGUGGUGAUGGAGGCUAAAAGGAUUGUCCCUGUGAUCUUGUGUUUCAGAAAUCUGGUUCCUAAAGCACCACAUCUCCAUCAAUGCAGACCCUUGUGUUUCUUUGAAGCAGUUGUAUUUUUGGCCAAAAAGCUUGGUAAGAUGCAGACCACAUACCUUCAU